CCGUCGGGUGGGUCCGCUGUGCGCGGCCGCCCGCAAUGCCGCCGCCGCCGCUGCUGCUGCUGCUGCUCCUGGCACACGCGCUCGCGCCCAGCGCCGCUUCCCCUAGGUCACAUGUGCAUCGGCGUGGGCUUCUAGAACUGGCAGGGACCAUGAACUGUGUUGGUACCCGCAGCCCCCUGUCCUACAUAAGCUAUGGCUGCUACUGUGGCCUGGGUGGCUAUGGCCAGCCCCGGGAUACCAUCGACUGGUGCUGUCAUCAGCACGACUGCUGCUACAUGCGUGCCGAGCAGGCUGGCUGCAGACCCAAGAUGGAGCGCUACCCCUGGCAGUGUGUCAACCAGAGCAUCGUGUGUGGACCAGCGGACAACAAGUGCCAAGAACUCUUGUGCACGUGUGACAAGGAGAUUGCUUACUGCUUAGCCCAAACUGAGUACAACUUAAAGUACUUAUUCUACCCUCGUUUCUUAUGUGAGAAGGACUCGCCCACCUGUGACUGACUAGCCCAACUGGGAAUGUUCUUUCACACAAGGAAAUAA